UUUACAAUAAACAAAUAACAGACAGACUUCAUGAUAUUAGGACCAAACUGGAAAAUCCUUAGACCCUCAACCAAACCCAGCUCCCUCCAUGGUCUCCUCAGCUUCUCCUUUUUGCCAUCCUUGAAUUCAUCCACCCGCAGAAUUUGUCUUACAAAAAUGCAAGCCAUCUUCUAUGUCUAAACAAAUGCAAAUUUCAGUACCAAUAAGAGCCCCAACAUGGGUCUCAACAAGAAGGAUCUUUCAACAAAAAUUACAAGACCUUCACAAAUGUACAAACUUAAACCACAUAAAACAAGUUCAUGCCCAAAUCCUCAAACAAAAUCUCCACCAAGACCUUUAUGUAGCGCCCAAGUUAAUUUCAGCUUUCUCUCUUUCUCAAGAAAUGACUUUAGCUAUUAAUGUUUUCAAACAAAUCCCUGACCCUAAUGUCCACUUGUAUAAUACUUUUAUAAGAGCCUGCGUGCAAAAUUCCCAUUCUUUACUGGCUUUUGAAACUUUCUUUGAAAUGCAAAGGAAUGGGCUUUUUGCUGAUAAUUUUACGUACCCUUUUCUUUUAAAGGCUUGUGAUGGACAGUCUUGGUUGCCUCUUGUGAAAAUGAUACAUAACCAUUUGGAGAAAUAUGGGUUUUUUCAGGAUUUGUUUGUGCCCAAUUCACUUAUUGAUAGUUACUGUAAAUGUGGUUUGUUGGGUGUGAAGUCUGCAAUGAGGUUGUUUAAGGUGAUGGAUGAAAGAGAUGUGGUUUCUUGGAAUUCUAUGAUUAGAGGGUUAUUGAAAGUAGGGGAGUUGAGUGAAGCUUGCAAACUGUUUGAUGAAAUGCCCAUGAAAGAUGCUGUUAGUUGGAAUACAAUACUGGAUGGGUAUGUGAAGGCAGGAGAGAUGAAUAAAGCGUUUGGAUUGUUUGAGAGCAUGCCAGAGAGGAAUGUGGUGUCGUGGUCGACGAUGGUUUCCGGUUAUUGUAAAGCAGGAGAUAUGGAAAUGGCUAGAAUGUUGUUUGAUAGAAUGCCGGUCAAGAAUUUGGUUUCUUGGACUAUAAUUGUAUCUGGCUACGCUGUAAAGGGGCUAGCAAAGGACGCCAUAAGAUCGUUUGAGCAAAUGGAGGAGGCCGGUUUGAAGCCUGAUGAUGGCACAAUUAUUAGCAUAUUGGCUUCUUGUGCAGAGUCUGGUCUCCUUGGUUUAGGGAAGAGAGUUCAUACUUCUAUUGAGAGGAUUAGGUACAAGUGCAGUGUUAAUGUGUCUAAUGCAUUGGUUGACAUGUAUGCAAAGUGUGGUCAGGUGGACAGGGCGCUAAGCGUGUUCAAUGGGAUGUCAAAAAAAGAUUUGGUCUCAUGGAAUUGCAUGCUCCAAGGGUUAGCCAUGCAUGGGCACGGUGAGAAAGCGCUACAGCUCUUUUCUAUAAUGAGGCAAGAAGGGUUCAGGCCUGAUAAAGUUACAUUGGUUGCUGUUUUGUGUGCUUGUGUUCAUGCAGGCUUUGUCGAUGAGGGAAUUCGAUACUUUAAUAAUAUGGAGAGGGAUUAUGGCAUUGUUCCCCACAUUGAGCAUUAUGGUUGCAUGGUGGACCUUUUGGGUCGUGGAGGUCGUCUUAAAGAAGCUUAUAGGCUUGUGCAAAGCAUGCCAGUAGAACCAAAUGUUGUUAUUUGGGGUACCCUUUUGGGGGCCUGUAGAAUGCAUAAUGCUGUGGGACUUGCAGAGGAGGUACUAGAUUGCUUGUUUAAGCUGGAACCAUCAGAUCCUGGUAAUUACUCUCUGUUGUCAAAUAUUUUUGCAUCUGCGGGAGACUGGAGCAGUGUUGCCAAUGUAAGGCUGCAAAUGAAAAACUUUGGAAUACAGAAACCAUCAGGGGCUAGUUCCAUUGAGGUGGAUGAUGAGGUCCAUGAAUUUACAGUAUUUGAUAAAUCACACCCGAAAUCAGAUAAAAUUUAUCAAAUGAUUAACAGAUUGGGUCUGGACCUGAAGCGAGUUCACGUUGUCCCAAAGGUAUACCUGUAGGGGUUGGUUGUCUUUGGCUCAACUGGAAGCAUUGCUAAACAACUGCAUUCAUUUCCUCAUUUGAAGCGUAGGAAACACUGUUUUGGGGAUGCACAAAAUGCAUAAUGCUGUGGCCUGUAGGAGUUGUAGAGGAGAUACUAGAUUCCAUGAUAACGUUGGAACCAUCAGAUCUGGAUGAUCUCUUUGCCAGAUAUUUUUGUCUCUGCAGGUGAUCAGAACUGUGUUUCCAAUGCAUCGGUGGAAGCUAUGCUUCACCAAUGAGGUCUGUCAAUUUACUUGUAUUUUGGAAAUGUGAAUCAUAGAAAACUUAUCGUGAUUCAGAGAUUUAUCAGACCCUAAAGGGAGUCAGCUAGUUCCAUCAUGUACCUGCAGAAGUAGAUGGGCUUUAUGUUUAGAUGGAUUCUUUGCUAAACUGUAGCAAUGUUUUCUAAUCUUGGUACAUAUGCAAGACUUGUUCAAACUAUUACUGUGAUCUUUUAACCACAUUUCUAUA